UACCUCACCGUGUCGUGAGGAUUUGAGUUUGGUGGACGGCCAGGGGAAAGCCUGGUCAAAAUGUGAACCACAGUCGAGGCAGAACGUCAAUAUCAAUAAGAGGCGUUCAGUCUUGAAACUUGAUGAGCUUCGAGGAAAGUGGUCAGGCCGAAACCUGCUAAAAUUUAUUCCAUUUCUGAUUUUUUUUUAUUUUUUAUUUUUUCAUAAUUAGUAACUCACUCCGCAUUCAUGUUUCUUUUGUUUGUUAAUAUUUGGUGGGUGCGAAUCGAGUGAAUCCAAGAACACGACAUUCACGCCGGUGACGGAGUUUUCAUCUAACCCACCAAUCACGUCCCUCCACCUCACGCCUUCCUUCGCUUUUUUUCCUUACCACGUGUCCCGUCUUUCACCGAUCGGUCAACCUUAACCUAAAAACCAAUAGCCUCACAAUCCGUCUUCACUUUCUUUACUUGUUUUCCUAAAUCAGAUCUGGUAUUAUUUUUCCGGUUCACAGGAACCCUAACUGGAUCCGAUGGAAGAAGACGAUGAGAUGCACUCACAUCCGUCGCCACCGGCCACCGGAUCUCCGUCUCCGUUAUCUCAGUCACCGCCAAACGAACGGAUAUCUGUGACAGUUGCGGCGGCUGCACCACCAACUCAGCAGCAGCAACAGCAUAACAGUAUAAUAGUGGCUCCUCCGCCGCCGCAGAGAAACGGCGGUGGUGGAGGGAGGGAAGACUGUUGGAGCGAAGGAGCCACUGCGGUGUUGAUAGACGCGUGGGGAGAACGGUACUUGGAGCUAAGUAGAGGGAACUUGAAGCAGAAACAUUGGAAAGAAGUUGCUGAUAUUGUGAGUAGUCGAGAGGACUACACGAAGACUCCAAAGACUGAUAUUCAGUGCAAGAAUCGAAUAGAUACGGUAAAGAAAAAGUAUAAAUUAGAAAAAGCUAAAAUUAUGUCAGGUGGAGGAGCUAGUAAGUGGGUUUUCUUUGACAAACUCGAUCAGUUGAUCGGACCCACUGCGAAAAUUCCGGUACCUUUAGCAGCGUCACCAGCAAUAGCACCACCAGCUGCAGGUAGUUCAAGAGUACCAAUGGGAAUACCUGUUGGAAUAAGAACUCCGACGGUGGCUGCGGUCAAGAAUCAGCAUCAGAUACAUUUGAGGAAAAGGAGUGGCGGUGGUUCUGGCAUGGCGGCAGCUGUGGACACAGAGUCGGAUGAAUCGGAGGAAGAAUCCCGAGAUUCAAUGGAUAGUUUUCCUCCAGCAAAGAGGAUAAGAGUGGCGGUCGAUUUAGGGAAAGGGAAGAAAGAGAAGGGUGGUUGGGGUGAAUCAGUAAGGAUGUUGACACAAGCUGUAUUGAAGUUUGGGGAAGCUUAUGAGCAGGCUGAGAGUGCCAAGUUACAACAGGUUGUGGAGAUGGAGAGGCAGAGGAUGAAGUUUGCUAAAGAGCUGGAGUUGCAGAGGAUGCAGUUUUUUAUGAAGACCCAGUUGGAGAUUUCACAGUUGAAGCAUGGAAGGAGAACUGGGAAUGUAAGUAAUCAUAACAGGAAUAAUAGCAGCAAUAACAAUAAUGACAACAAUAGUGAUUGUAGUAUCUAAUUUAUAUGAAGACGAUUAUGUUUGGCUUAAGAUGCCUAGUUCUAGAUUGAAAUUUUUAGAUUUAGAUUUAGAUUUAAUUUAGAUUUCUUCCUUUCUUGUUGUCUGUUGAUGAAGACCUCAUUGAUGAUAUAAAAUGUUGUACUGGAAUUGUUGCCUUAAUGUAAUGUAAACUGAAACUAAUUGAAAGCCUGUGAGAUUGUGCCA